CAACCCGGAAGUUGGUUGUGCGACCGACAAAUGGCAGCCGCCGGUAACUCGAACACACCGCUGUGUCCACGGGUUAAAACUAGAAAUACAAACAAUUGUACCGCUCUUAGAGCUCUGCCAGCUGUCUUGCUGGUAAACAACUUUACUUAAUUGCAAUUUCCAAGACGCUGGAGAGUUUAGCCUACAGCUAAGUUAGUUAGUGCAUGCUUUUUUGCGAUGGAUCUGUUGGAGCCUCCCACGCCGGUGAAGGAUAAUGUUUCUUCUCCUUCGGAGUCCAAAGCCAAGAACUGCGAUCUGUCCCCCGCGAUGAGAGCCAAGAUCGAACGAAACAGACAGCGGGCUCUGAUGCUGAGGCAAGCCCGACUGGCCAGCAGACCAUCGGCAGGAGAAGGGGGUGGAACCUCGGCUAAAGUCGCUAAGAUAGUCGACUCUGGAGGAGGGUUCUUCAUUGAUGAAGAAGAAGAGGGACAGGAGGAGCAAAGGACAAAGGAAGUGGUGCAUCAACCAGCUCCGGUGAUAGAGGCAGACUAUCUGCUGUGUGAUGACUGUGACAAGCCGUUUAUGGAUUCCUACCUCAGCAACGGCUUCGAUCUGGCAGUCUGUGACAACUGCAGAGACAACGAGGUGAAACACAAGCUGAUAUCCCGUACAGAGGCUAAGCAGCUCUUCCUACUGAAGGACUGUGACCUGGACCAGAGGGAGCCAGUGCUGAGGUUCGUCCUGAGAAAGAACCCACACAACCCUCACUGGGGAGACAUGAAACUCUACCUCAAGCUGCAGGUGGAGAUGCGCUCCUUAGAGGUGUGGGGCUCUGAGGAGGCCCUGGAGGAGGCCAAGGAGGCCAGAGAGGAGAACAGGGAGGUGCAGAAGCAGAAGCGCUUCAACAAAAAGGUUAAAGAGCUCCGCCGUGCGGUGAGGAGCAGCGUGUGGACAAAGGACACCAGUGCUCACCAGCACGAGUACGGCCCUGAGGAGCUAGUGGAUGAAGAGGAGGAUCUCUACAGGAAGGUCUGUAACACCUGUGGACAUGAACUGACCUAUGAGAAGAUGUAGCCUCGUGUCCUUUAAACCUUAUCCCGGAGGCUCACAGGCUGAGUUAUUAUUUUGUGUACCACUGGUGAUACACCUGACAUGUAAACUGAGAUUCAAAUGGCUAAUACCUCAAGACGCAUGUCUUGAAGCUGAAGCAAGGAGGCCGACCUGAAAUCAUCUUAGCACAUGCCAUACACAAAGAAUCCACAAGAGGGCAUAAAUACAUCAACACUUUUUUUCACAGAGAAAUGUUGCACUGCUCCGAAGCUGGUCAUAGCUGUUAUGUUAUAUUAUCAACUGUUUAGCAUGUUAACUUCCAUUUUGUACAGAGCAUUUCUAAGAUCAUCUAAUGUGUAAAAGGAUCUGCAUGUGCAAAAGAAAUAUAUUUUUCCAUAAUGUGUUCACUUUUGCAUCUGUACUUGACUUGUUUUAGAUCUGUAAACAAUCUGUAAAACAAAUGUGCUCUUGGUUAAAAUGGAUAAUUCUUGUAUUAAUCCAGAAUCAAGAAAUUGAUUUAAUUUGCAUAAAAUCCAUUGGAAAUGAUAGUCAACUGUCUUUGCUGUCUGUUGCAGAAUCACGCUGUAAGUAAUGAAGUUGUUUUAUGAUCUGCGUUAGAUUUUGGUCGCCUGCUCCAAUCCGUGCUCAUACUUGAAUAUUUUGUGGGCAAUUAUUUCUUAAACAACCUCCGGUCAUAACCACCUGCACGUAGUUCAUCUAAUGAGUGAAGGACUCCAUAGUCCAGACAUCGCUAAUCUAAAGGGAGCAACUGACAAGGUACAAAAUGACUCCACCAUUUUUUAUUUGAAUUGUAUUAUUUUGUCCAACAAUCUAGUUAAUGUAACACGUAUCGUCUGUCUUUCUUCUUUGCAAAUGAAAGCUGCUUCAUAGUAGUUAUUGGAUGUGACGCAGCAUGUCGCACUAUAUCAAUAAAUGCAGUGCUUCAUGGUUUACUUUUUAUUCAAGGGGGGGUGGGGGGAACCGGUCUAAAGCAGGAUCAUCAACUACAUUCAGCCGCGCGCCAAUUUUUUUCCAUACAAUUUCUAGACUGCAAAUUGACCGCAAGAAGCCCAAGCAGAUAUAUUUGACUAAAACAUAAUAAUUUCCAACAUUGCUUACAUUUUGUAUACGAUCACAUUUCAAUUAUGGGUGGGAAUACUUGGGAACAGAUUUCCAAAAUGAAAAUCACUUUUUGCACAGAAAACUUGGGGAGCCAAAUAAAACCAUGCACGGGCAAUAGUUAAGGGCACCAGUUGGGGGAUCCUGGCCUAAAGGCUACUGUAGGCAUACAGCCUACCUAAAAUGUGGGUACAGGCUAUAGACUUGUACUGAAUUGUUUCAAAGAGAUGUCCUGUCCAGAAUCACAAUCUGCAAGCUCCCAACAUAUCCAGUGAGUUUUAUAAGAAAAAUAUAACUCUGAUCUAUGAUAUUGAUAAUGUACUGUUAUGACAUGAGCUUUUGCUAGACUGGUGUGGUGAAAAAAGAAUUCUAACUAAAUCCCCGAGCAGUCAGUCACAUCAAGCCCAUGGCAAAUUGACCUUUAGUGACCUUUUCUUUAGUGGCUACAGCAAUGUGAGGUUUAAACUACCUAAUUCCCAUCUUAAACACUAGUGCAAUACACCUAGACAAAUGAAUACACAGAACAAAAAUAUAAUACAUGUUCCAAACUGACAAUGGGGGUUCAAAGCCUCACUCAUGCAAAGUUAAGACUGGCAAGUCUGAUGAUGGUCAAACGCUUGAUAUUAGAGCUCUGGAGUGGCUUAAAGGGUAAUGCUGGUGCCUCCCACCAAGCAACUAAUGAGGUAGUAUGCAGUGGUGUAAAGUACUUAAGUAAAAAUACUUUAGUGUUUUUUGUUGUUGAGUAUCUCUACUUUACUAUUUACAUUCCUAAAGAAAAUUAUGUACUUUUUACUCCAUACAUUUUCCCUGACACCCAAAAGUUAAAAAAAAAAAAAAAAAAAGUACAUUUUGAAUGCUUAGCAGGACAGGAAAAUGGUCCAAUUCACACACUUAUCAAGAGAACAUCCCUGGUCAUCCCUACUGCCUCUCAUCUGGCGGACUCACUAAACACAAGUGCUUUAUUUGUAAAUGGCGUAUGAGUGUUGGAGUGUGCCCUGGCUAGCCAUAAAUAAAAAUGUAUGCCACCUGGUUUGCUUAUGUGAAGGAAAUGUAUAGUGUGGAGGGACAGCCUUGAAAAUGUUCAUAUUUUUGUCAUAAAUAAUCCCUGAUCCCUGCCUGUGCUUGGAUCAGUUACUAAUUAGAUUGGGUAACCCAGAAUGAAGGGUUUGAAAGUGCAUCUAAGUUUGACUGUGACCUCUCCAGCUUGCUGACAAUUAAAGAGUGAUUUAUUUAAUAUUGA